GAAGGUGAUAUUAUAAUAUCCAUGUUAUUAAUUAGAGACCUCUCUCUCUCUCUCUCUCUCUCUCUCUCUCUGCCAUAUACAUACGCACAGCGCACAACCCAUAAAGCAAGGUGGUACACACGCAUAGGGCUUCCACUGAAAACCAUCCCAAACAUUCCUUCCUGCUUUUGAAACCAGUUUUUCAAGAAAAGGGUGUUUUUAUUUUUCUUUCUUUUCAUCAACUAUAUAAUAGUUCUAUCCAUCUUCAGUUUCAUCCAUGGAUACCGCUCAGUGGCCACAGGAGAUAGUGGUGAAACCAAUAGAAGAGAUAAUCACAAAUACAUGCCCAAAGCCUGCAACUUUGGAGAGGAAAGCAAGACCUCAAAAAGAGCAGGCCUUGAACUGUCCAAGGUGCAAUUCAACAAACACCAAGUUCUGUUACUAUAACAACUACAGUCUCACUCAGCCUAGGUACUUCUGCAAGACUUGUAGAAGGUAUUGGACUGAAGGUGGUUCUCUCAGAAACAUUCCUGUCGGUGGUGGUUCCAGGAAGAAUAAGAGAUCAUCUGCUUCAUUUUCUUCUAUAUCUUCUUGCUCCUCAUCUUCAAAGAAACUUCCAGAUCUUGUUACACCUCCAAGUUUGUCUGAGACUUCUACUCAAAACCCUAAGAUCCACGAAGGCCAAGAUCUUAACCUAGCUUUCCCAUCCACUCAAGGUAUAAGAAAUUUCUCUGAAUUGAUUCAAGUACCUAGCGUUGAUGGCAAUAACAAGAACCAAAUUUCUUCUUCUUCUUCUUCGGCAUCCACUACACCUCAACUUUCAGCUUUGGAGCUGCUAACUGGAAUCUCUCCAAGGGGUUUUAAUUCUUUCAUGCCUAUGCCAGUUCAAGAUCCAAGCUCAGUUUACACAUCUGGGUUUUCUCUUCAAGAUUUCAAGCCAACCUUGAAUUUCUCUCUGGACGGGCUUGGAAGUGGUUAUGGUAGUCUCCAGGGGGUUCAAGAGACUGGUGGAAGGCUAUUAUUUCCAUUUGAAGAUCUAAAGCAAGUCUCAAGCACAACUAAUAUUGAGCAGAAUCGAGAGCAGGGAGAUUCAGGUGGAUAUUGGACUGGAAUGCUGGGUGGUGGUGGAGGAUCAUGGCAAAGCUAGACAGAUGGAAGAAAAUAAUUAAUCUGGGUUUUGAGUGUACAUGGUCUCAUUAGGACUGAGAUUUUUGCAGACAUUAGAAGCAAGUUCAGGAGCAGGUAGCAGAGUUGGAGAAAAUGAUGAUGAUGAUGAUGAUGAGCCAGGUAGGAAACUCUCAUCCCUAAAAAUGAAAUAGUAAUACUAGAGAACUCUUCAAUAAAGCAACUCAAAUUGCUUGUGUAAAUUGAGGGGCACUGGAACCUGCCUCAACUGAUAAGCAUUACCUACUGAUGACUUCACUAUCCAAGCAGUUUUCAAGAUCACUCUCUCACAUUGCCUCAUUUUCCUCGAGUGAUCAUUGCUUCUAUGCUAUACCUUCUUUUUUUAUUAUUAUUAUUAAAGACAAAAAAAAAAAAAGAUUAAUUUGAAGAUUGAGAAAGAUCUUACAAACCCUUCUUUCUCUGGUCUUGGUUUUGGGACCCACAAACAUUCUCCUAGGCAAGUGUGCUAGAGAAUAAUUCACCCCACUAUAAGUCUGAUCCAUCUAGAUCUAGAGUCUCUAUAAAAUCUAUAUAAAUUUAGUUCAUUUUUGUUUCUUUGCUGUAACCCACUUAGAGUGCAUAAUUAACUGGCAAAAAUAUUGUAUAUACCAGCUCCUCAGCCCCUCUAUUAUGGGAUUUGAGGGGUCUUUUUCCUGUCAAAUUUAGAGCUUUAUGACCCCAUUAACCCUACCUUGCUUUUUCCCAUGGGCAGUUUAGGUACCCACAUCUACAUGCAUCAGACUAUUCAUUUUCCUUCUAUACAAAGGUUGGAGCCUAUAUAAUUCAAAGUUUCAUCACCAAGAUAGCUAUAUCUGGGUAAAAUUGAAUAUAAAAGGGAGGGUGGAAAUAAGGAAAAAGCAUUGCUUUAAUAUACUUUUUCCAAAACAAAAUU